AUGGAUGAGAUCGUUGACACACCCCUUGGUGUUCAACUCAACGUUUUUGAAUGCGGUGGAAUAGCCAUUGGUGCAUGCAUGUCCCACAAGAUAGCUGAUGCUAUGUCCUAUUUUAUGUUCAUCCAAACUUGGGCUGCUAUUGCACGUGGAGAAGCACAUGGCCUUAAAGCAAAAUAUGCAGAAAAGAUGGCUCUGCAGAAACCCCCUUCACGAGUUGAGGCUCUAACAACUUUCAUAUGGACCCGCUUUAUAUCAUCCACUCAGGUUGCAGUUGCAGCAUCUGAUCAGAGAUCUAGGUUCUACGUGGUGGCUCACACGGGGAAUGCCUAUAGCUAUGAGCUGGUGGAGAAACUGAGAGAAGAAAUAAGGAAAAUUGACCGUGAUUAUAUUCUCAAACUUCAAGAGGGCUCUGAGUACUUGGACUCUCUUAGAGAAGAUUUGCGUAGAUUCGAGAAUAUCAAGGGGGAAGUUGUGCCAUUUACCUUCACUGCUUUGUGCAGGUUUCCAGUGUAUGAUGCUGAUUUUGGUUGGGGAAAGCCAAUUUGGGCAUGUCCCCCAGCAUGGCUUAAACUUCUGUUCAACUUGCAUGAGGUCAAGCUUUAG